UUUUGUGUUUCUGACGAGACGCUGAUUGGUACGCAACUUCCUUCCUUGAUGAAUUUGGAAAUUCGUCGUGCUAGUGUUUUUGUUAUGCCGAAACAAUUCUGCAAACAAUUAUAAGGCGCCGAUAUACGGCAUUUUUGGUUCAGAGCAAGCAACUGGAUAUCAGCUGUUUCUUUUUUUGAUUCAUUUUUCUAACUGUUACCCGCAGCUAGGAAGGCUCAUUCAUUCAGUGUGACAAGCAGCAUGGCGUCCAGUGGCGGUUCAACAACAACUGUCGGAGAUAUUGAGGAGGACGCUUCUCAGCUACUUUUCCCCAAAGAGUUCGAGAACGCGGAGACACUUCUAAACUCUGAGGUACACAUGCUUCUGGAGCAUCGCAAGCAGCAGAACGAGAGUGCAGAGGACGAACAAGAGCUAUCUGAGGUCUUCAUGAAAACUCUGAAUUAUACUGCACGUUUCAGCCGUUUCAAAAACAGAGAAACUAUCGCCAGUGUUCGCAGCUUGCUCUUGCAGAAGAAGCUGCAUAAGUUUGAGUUAGCCAGUUUGGCCAACCUUUGUCCAGAAGCAGCGGAGGAGGCCAAAGCCCUCAUCCCUAGUGUGGAGGGGCGGUUUGAGGAUGAGGAGCUGCAGCAAAUCCUUGAUGACAUUCAGACCAAGAGAAGUUUCCAGUACUGAGGACAAUUCCUCCUCAUCUGGCCUAUUCUAACCCUAAACCCAUUAUGUCAGAAUAUACUGGUCGUCGCUACUCACCCAGAAGGACAUUGAGUCCCAAAUGACACCCUAUUCACUAUAUAGUGCACUGCUUUUGACCGUUCUCCCCAGGAUGGGUAUCUCCAGCUCAGACUUUUUAUUUUUGUGUGUGUGUGUGUGUGGGGGGGGGGUUUAUAGAUGUGCAUCAGGCACCACAGAUGUACAUUCAUUAUCCAUUUUGAUGGCCAUACCAAGCUAGGAUGAAUAUAUACAUUCCUAGAUGUAAAUACUUUUCAAAUAAACAUCUGAAAUACU